AUGCUGCACGAGAAGCUGUGCUGUACGUCGAAUGUAUGCCCCACAACAUCGUUCUUCCACGGCUCGACGGAGGUACUUCGAAGCGCGACGAUUGAGAUGCUGGCGCUCGUUUCUCGGGUGGCAGAAAUGGAAAAGGAGAGACUCAUCGACACGACUCCUGAGGGUUCCCCUUCUACCAAACCCUUCGCGCGAAAGGGUGAGUUGAAGGAGUACAUUCACAACGCUGCGCGUCGUCAUGACGAGCUUCUCGAAGAAGCCAGAUGCGGACAAGGAGUCGACCGCCAUCUUCUGGCCUUGCACCACUUAGCCGAAAAAAACAAGGAUGAUGAUGCCUUGAGCUUCUUCAAUGACGUGGUAUACAAACAAAUGAAAACCUUUACCCUGGAAUCACGUCAGUUUUCGCAGCCGUGGCUGCAAUACUAUUCCUUUGGUCCAGCCACACCAAAUGGCUACGGUAUCGGUUAUGUUAUCGAUGAGGAUGAAAUACGUCUGUCGCUGUCGGCUUUCGCGAAUAGUCCAUCGGCAAAUGUUGCUGACCUGGCAGCGGCUAUUACUGGGGCCUAUCAAAUCAUCGUUAAGACUCUUUUGCCGUAA